UAUAUAGAACAUUUAUUGAAGUACACAUUUAUUGAAUCAAAUUAAUUGAUUUUAUCAGUGAACGUUUGCACAGGUAUACAAAGAACAUUCGAUUUAUAUCUGCUUAAGCGGCUUAUUUGCUAACUAAACCUUAAAACAUUUGUGUUUGUGAUUAUAAUACGGGAAGUCCACAGGCUUUGAUAACAGUUGUAUAUAAUCAGUACACGUUUUGAUAACAACUGAAUAUAAUCAGUCGCGUACGAAAAAGAAAAUCUUUUAUACGAAGACUACUCAAAGUAUGGCGAGCAGUCAUAUACAAACAAGUUCUGAAAACACGGGUUUGUGCUGUUGUAUAUGCCUAGACCAAUACCAAGACCCGAGAUCACUGGCUUGUCUGCAUACCUUCUGCGAGUCAUGUAUCAACGACUGUGUAAUAAAACAGCAAUCUUGCGGGACAAAUAAAAUUGGAAUAGAAUGUCCGCUAUGUAGAAAAGUGACCCGUGUAAAAGAUAUAAACAUUCCACCAAAACUUUGGUCAAAGACUAUCCCAGUAAAUUAUGCUUUACAAGAAGUUAUUGAAACGCGUACUAGAGAUAAAGCUACUAAAGACGUUACUGAAGAAGCUAUUUGUAACGUUCAUGGCAAACUGAUAGAGUUCUAUUGUGGUGACGAAAUGUCACUAUGCUGCAGUACAUGUGCGAUUAAAAAAUUAAAAGAAGGGAAAGAAGUGAAUGACAUUAACGAAAUUGCGGAUGGAGAGAUUGAAACGCGCAGUCGACCGUUGCAAAAACACAUCUAUGACUUGCUGUUAAAAACUAACAAUACUAAGCGCUUCUUAGACCAAAAAGAAAUGGAUUUAGAGAAUCAGGUAAGUUUGAUAGACACAGAAAUGAAAAACAUCCAAGAAAGAAUUGAAGAGAAGAUAGAUGAUUCAAGAGCUCUGGUUAUGUCAGAGGCAACGUUUAUAAAGGACAAAGCGUUAAAACAAUACGCAACACAGCGAAAGAACGUCGAGAAACAGAGUGCUGAGCUUGAGCAAGCGAAACACUCAUUAAACAAAGCAAUACAGAACAAAACAAAAGUGAAAACAUUUAUUGCUGUGCAUACUUUAGAAGGCAAAGUUAACCAACUAGAAGCAAAUUUCAAAGAGCAACAAGAGCAAAUUUCGUUUUCGGAUAUCAGGUUCAACAUGGAUAAAAUAGUGCAUCUUGCUUUAGAUGAUAACAAUUUGUGCCUUGGUAAGCUAAAAACAGAAGAGGUAAAGCUGGUUGAAAGUGAACUGAAAGACUGCAGGAAAAUCAAACUAAAAAAACUUGUCAUAUUAGAUGUUUUGACAUGUAAGACCGACGAGAAACAACCUUUGUACAGUGGUAUGGAGUUUCUUCCCGACAACCGACUAGUUUUAGUUGACAAUGCCAACUGGAAAUGCUUAAUUCUGAGUCGAAAACUUGACGUUAUAGGAAAACAUCAGUUUUCAUCACAUAUCUUUGAUAUUAUUUCAACAUCAAAUCAUGAGAUUUUUGUUACCGGAGCUAAAAGACUUGAAAAGGUUUUAAUAGAUAGCGAAAUUGGCUUCGCAAAUGUUGAAACAGUUCCGCUUGAAUCCUGUCCAUUUUCAAUUUCUGUGUUAAGUGAUAAAAAAUUCGUGAUUGGUACUUAUCGAAGUUCAACACCAGCACGUAUACUAACAAAAUCUGGGACAGAAGUAGAUUUUACGAUUGACUUUCCAAAGAAAUACUGGAAGAUUGACGAUAGCAGAUGUGCGUAUGAUAGUAAUGAAAAUAUCCUUACGCUUACUGAUAGAUAUGACAAUUGUGUUUACAUCUACGAUACAAAAAUACACAAUGAAAUCAGAGUAAAAGACAAAAGAAUUGUGGAACCUAGAGGUGUUGCUUUUGGUCCAUAUGGUUGUAUCUUCGUUUGUAGCCGAGGAACUAACUCGAUUGUUCAGCUGUCAAGGUUUGGGGAAGUUUUAGGUGAUCACGCUCUUGACAUGAUUUAUCCAUGCACAAUAUGUUUUUCAAAAGACAACAGGAAAGUAGCUGUAUCAAAUAGUUACGGUGAAGCGAAACAGUUGCAAAUAUUUCAGAUAUGUUCACUUGAGUGAUACAAAACAACUUUUAACUAAUUGAUGUAAUACAAUCAGGAUUUCAUGCUUAUCAUUUACAUAUAGAUCUAUGAUGACAAAUCAAAAGGGUCUCAAUGGUAUUUUACUUAAUAAAACGUUAGAAAAUUACCAAUAAGUGUAUUCAAUUAACAUGUUUUAGUUGAAUGAGAUUAUAUUUGAUACAAAAACACACACUUGUUGUAGCUUUGAUACAAGACAUCAAGAGAUUCCUCACGAGAAUCAUUGACAGAUUUAUCUUUCUUUUGUGUCCUUGUUUGCAAAAAGAGAAAGGUUUUGCCGUUUUGAUAAGUUAAUAGUAAACAUUAUCGAAUGUUGUAUAAACCUUUAGCCUAUUAGCGGCAAGUGGGUUUGUCCUUGCGACCAGUGCAGACCAAGAUCAACCGGACGUGCAGGCUGAUAAUGGUCUGCAAUGUUCGCUAUUCAGUCAGUACAUUUUCAGUGAACACCCCUUUGAAUAAGAUGUGGUGCUGCCGAAAUUGAAUGAUGGACCAUUCCAUUUAAGAAAUUUAGCAGGGUAAAGGUAAAUAGAUUGUUUAUGGCAUAUUCCUGAUUCUUACUUUGACCUAAUUUUCAGUUUGUCUGACAGUUUCAUUAAAAAUGCAACUAUGCUCAAUACGUGUUCAGGCAAAGUAUUUUUAAACCUUUUGCAUGCUGGCUGACCAUGGUCUGCACUGUUCGCUAUUUAGUCAGUA